AUGGUUGCCGUCACGCCGCCUUCAGCCAAACAAGAUCCCAACCAGUGGAAGAAAAACCUUUCGGCCCACGUUAUCUGCCCAGAAUGCAAGGAAGUCCCCCCGAAUCUGGAGUUUCCGGGAUCCCAUGAGACUGUGUGCGGCUCUUGUGGAUUAGUGCUUGCCGAUCGAGAGAUUGAUAUGCACUCCGAAUGGCGUACCUUCUCCAACGAUGAUCAGAACAAUGACGACCCUUCUCGUGUUGGAGACGUGUCGAAUCCUCUACUGAACGGAGAUCAACUGGAAACCCAGAUUGCCAGCGGAGGCUCAGGCCGGGUUCGGGAUUUGUACCGUGCGCAGAACAAGCAGUCCAGCGAAAAGGCCAACAAGUCGCUCCUCGCCGCCUACAAGGAAAUUGGUGCUCUGUGCGACGGGUUCAGCAUCCAGAAGAACGUGGCUGAUACGGCGAAGUAUCUGUUCAAAAUCGUCGACGAUGCCAAGGCCUUCAAAGGCAAGUCCCAGGAUGUGAUCAUCGCAGGCUGUAUCUUUAUCGCCUGUCGUCAAUGUAAGGUCCCGAGAACCUUCACGGAAAUCUUCGCCGUCACGAAGGUCUCGAGGAAGGAGAUCGGAAGAAUCUACAAGGCAUUGGAAAAGUUCUUCACGGCCCAAAACUUGGAGAGGCACAACUCUGUUGUGUCCAACGGCGGCGUCCCCGAUCCCAACGACACCUACACCGCGACUACGUCCACCAAACCCAGCGACCUGUGCAACCGUUUCUGCAACCUCCUCGGUCUGCCCUACCCGGUGGUCAGUACCUCUUCCGCUUUAUCCGAUCGGGUCACGACGAUGGGAGAUCUGGCCGGCCGUUCCCCUCUGUCGAUCGUCGCCGCCUGUAUCUACAUGGCUGCUCACUUGAUGGGCGAAGGCAAGACCGCCAAGGAGAUUGCCGCAGUGGCCCAUGUCAGCGACGGAACCAUUCGCGGCGCCUAUAAACAACUCUACAUCGAACGAGAGCGUUUGAUUGACCCGGAAUGGAUCAAAAAUGGAAAGGGCGAUUUCAAGAAUCUGCCCGCUAACUAA